UAUAUUUACCCCCAGGCAUUUUUGUAUAACCUGUGACUUUAAAAUCUGUGAAUUUGCCUCUUUUAAGUCAAAGGUAGGACAAUGUUAUCCUUUAUUAGGUUGUUUAUUCCGACUUCAUACCUCCUACCAGGAUGGUUGACGCUAGAUAUAAAUCCAGUGGAAAGUUUACUUCAAGGACUGGUCGGUGCGUGUGGGAUUUCUGUGUUAUGUUCCUUGAUGAGAGUGCACUUAUUUGUAGAAGAGGAGAGCUGGAGUGAUAAAAGUGAUAAAGACACAUCAAGCCAGAGGACACCCAGUCAUCAAAGGAGACCUCACGCUGGACUUACAGGGAUGCUCCAGUUUUUCUUCGUGGCUCUGAUGCUGGCUGUAGUGGGCUCUCGUGUUGCCUCCCUGGUCGUACUAGAAUUUUGUCUUCGUGCUGUCUCUGGAUGGGUUACAGCUGGACCAUCCAGGAAAUUUCUGCAGCAGCUAUUAGUUCAAAGCCAGUUCUCUCUGGGCUGUGCCCUAAGCUGCAGUUUGCACUUUCUCCACGAGGGGGCAUCACGGCGCUGGCUAUGUCUGCUCUUGGCAGCUGCACUCAGCUGGUUCCUGGCUAGGCAGGCUUCACGCCUGCUGCACCAUGUCAUGAUUCUGUAUAAACUCCACAGCUCACAAAGCUACUGUGGGAUUUGCAUCAGCCUUCUCGCAUCAGGCCGCUGUCUGCUGCCCAUGCUUUGCAGGACUAUGAUGCUUACCUUCUUUGUGGCUGUGCUGGCUGCUGUAUCAAUCAUUAAUCAACACUUCCUUUCAGCAACAGAGGCCCUCAGGUUUUGGACACCACUGACUAUUUGCUACACACUCUUGGUGGUGUACAUGCAAGAAGAUCAGCACCGUCUGCCCAGCGGCCAGGCUGUCCUAAACACGGUGGUGGUGCGUCUUGGGGGUUUAAUGAUCCUGAUGCUGACUGUGGGACGCUGGGCUGAUGUGCUCCACAUCCUAAUGUGUUUCUUGGGUGAGGCCAGCUGCCUAAUCCCCACAAAAGAUCUGCUGGAUGCAGCAUCCUCACAGGAUGAAGAGGAUUACACAGACUAUGUACAAAGAGAACAUCAUCGAAGACCACAAGCACAGAAGAAAGAGCAUCAGAGAUAGCCAAAGCUUUUAAAAACUUGGGAACUUUUUUGGUGCACUUCUUUUUAAUGGGGUUAUUUAGUCCUAUUAUGGUAACAAUGCUUUUAUAAUUAAAAUCUAUGUUUCAUUUUAAUUGUCAAGCAGCCUAACAUGACUAACAUGUGAUUUGAUCUUGAAAUAUUUCCAGUUCUUCAACCACAAUUUGAUAUUGGAUAAAGAUCAAUCAAAACAUCAAUACAUUACAUUUAUUUGCAGAAAAAUGUUAUUAACAAUCACUGCCUCAUGUGGAAUAGAAAGAGGACCCUCAGUAAACUCUGGCACACACACAUACACAUUCAUAUACAGCGGGUAAAAUAAGUAUUGAAAACAUCACCAUUUUUCUCACUAAAUAUAUUUCUAAAAGUGCUGUUGCCAUGAAAUUUUCACCAGGUGUCAGUAACAGCUCAAGUAAUCCAUACAUACAAAGAAAACAAAACAAGUAAGUUCAUAAAUUAAGUUAUGUGUAAUAAAAUGGACUGACACAGGGAAAAAGUAUUGAACAUAUGAAGAAAGGGAGGUGCAAAAGACAUGGAAAGCCAAGACACCAGCUGAAAUCCAUCAGUAAUUAGAAAGGAAUCCUGCCCCUUGUCAGUGGAAAUUAAUAUCAGCUGGUUCAGGCCCAACUGAUGGUCUGUAAAAAAAGGUGUCUCAUUACCAAGGUGUCACACAAGAAACAUCUCAUGAUGGGUAAAAGCAAAGAGCUCGCCUAAGACUGUUGGCAUUGGUUAGAGAAGGAUUUCUAAACUCCUGAAUGGUUCAGUGAGCACAGUUGGGGCCAUGAUCCGGAAGUGGAAAGAACAUAAUUUCACCAUAAACUGGUCACAACCAGGUGCUCCUUGCAAGAUUUCUGACAGAGGAGUGAAAAGAAUUAUCAGAAGAGCUGUCCAAGAGCCACUUGUGGAGAGCUUCAGAAAGGCCUGGAAUAACCAGGUACAAUUGUUUCAAAGAAAACAUUAAGUAAUGCACUCAACCACCACGGCCUGUAUGCGUGCUCACCAUGCAAGGCUCUGUUGCUGAGGAAAAAGCAUGUUGAAGCUCGUAUAAGGUUUGCUGCGCAACAUUUACACAAGCCUGUGAAAUACUGGGAGAAUAUAGACUGGUUAGAUGAGGCCAAAUUGAACUCUUUGGAUGCCAUAAUACACACCAUGUUUGGAGGUCAAAUGGCACUGCACAUGAUCCCAAAAACACCAAACCAACAGUGAGGUUUGGAGGUGGGAACAUCAUGAUGUGGGGCUGUUUUUCAGCAUAUGGCACUGGCAAACUUCAUAUAAUUGAAGAAAGGACGAAUGGAAAAAUGUACCAAGACAUUCUUGAUAAAAAUCUGCUCCCAUCUACCAGGAUGAUGAAGAUGAAACGAGGGUGGACGUUUCAGCAAGUCAGUGAUCCCAAACACACAGCCAAUGAAAUUCUCAAUUGGUUUCAGAGAAAGAAAAUAAAGCUGCUAGUAUGGCACAGCCAAUCACCCAACUUGAAUCCAAUAGAAAAUCUAUGAAAAGAACUAAAGAUCAGAGUUCAUAGAAAGAGGCCCACGGAACCUGCAUGAUUUGAAGACCCACUGCGUGAAGAAUGGGCCAAAAUCACACCUGAGCAAUGCAUGUGACUAGUUUCUCCACACAGUAGGCAUCUUGAAGCUGUCACAACCAACAAAGGCAUUUGUACAAAGUAUUAAAUAAAUUUCAGUAAGCGUGUUCAAUACUUUCCCCCCCAUCAUUCCAUUUUAUUAUACAACUUAAUUUCUGAAGUUUUUUUGUAUGUAUGGGGUUGUUACUGACAUCUGGUGAAAAUUUCAUGUCAAUAGCACGUUUAGAAAUAUAUUUACUGAGAAAAACGGUGACGUGUUCAAUACUUAAUUCACCCUCUAUAAAUAGAGGCUAUACUAUAUUAAUCAGCCAUGUCUGCACGCUUAAAAAAGGGGGAAACUAAAGAAUGUUACAUUUUAUUUUUAACAGAAGAACUAUUAAAUUUAUACACAUGCACCACAUAAAUGUAACUUAAAAUUGGCUAACUAUAAAACCAUAGUAAUACAUUUUUUGCAUAAAAUUGCAAAGGAAGUAAAUUUCACAAGACUAUGAAACGGGUCACAUCCACAUUAUAGCAUAAAAGUAAUUCGUAUUCGUUAGUAUACCACAUAAAUGCACAUACAAAACAAAAUAUUUAAUAGGUAAAUGUUAAGAGGACAUAGCUAUUUUUUCAUGGGUGCAAACCUUCAUUCACUACAGGUCUACAAAAUAUACUUUUUGGCAGUUGGCUAAUUUCCAUAUAAUUUAUUGAACCUAUAAAUACAGCUAAUUUCAUUUUUGACAUGUCUUUCCAGACAUUAUCUGCUUGAAAAGAAAAACCAAAAUGGCUGACGACAUCGUUUGUGGUGUAAAGUGGCGUUCGACAAAAUGGCGUUAGACAAAGAAAAAGCUAGGUUACUUGGUUUUACUCUGACCUUUGCUCCGACGAUUUUUGUGGACAAUUUUAAGGAGUCAAUAAACCGCAUUAAAGGACACAUUGCUUACUGACACACAGAUGAGCUUUUACGAGAUAUGCUGCUGUGUUACUACCUUUGUCUCAAUGCGUGACAGUUGGUCCUUAUUACAAUUUUAAAAUGUUCUUGACACUCAACAUCAAACUCAAGCCACAUUUUGACGCCGAUAUUAUUGCCCAUUGGAUGUGUCUUUAUUAGAGCUGUGGACUGACAGACACAUAGGUUCCUAUUCCAUAAGAGGGUUUUUGUUCUAUCAGUCCCGUGAUUCCGUGACAAAAAGGCUUGUGAAAUUACAGUGGGCACUUUAGCCUGGCGGUCCAGUUUCCAAGAUAAUCCAGGUUUGAAAAUCACUGAAGAGGACAUUUGGAUUUGGUGUCUAGUCGAUCCACCAAAAUAGGAAAUUGUACUCCCAUAGGUUUAACAGAUUUUAACUGAAUAGAGUUCCACAUCAGGACGAAUUCGGUAGACACAAAGAGGCCGUUUUCCCCGACUGCCCGAAUGUGGUGAAAAUGCACAAUGAAGUGAUAUAGACGGCUGUGGUCACUCCUCUGGAGAUUUCCAGACUUUUCUGUUGUCAUCUGAUAGGCAUGCUGAACGCAUGCGCAGAACGGCCCCCUUUUUACCGCAUUCUAACGCAGGCGCAC